AUGUUUGUAUUUUCAUGGUUUCGUGAUAUUUUGAGCUGGUUUGGGCUUUCAAAUAAAUCUGCAAAGAUUUUGUUCCUGGGUCUUGAUAAUGCAGGUAAAACAACAUUAUUACAUAUGCUUAAGGAUGAUAGAAUAGCGACCCAUGUGCCCACUUUACAUCCUCAUUCUGAAGAGCUCGUUAUUGGUAAGAUCAAAUUUAAGACUUUCGAUUUAGGAGGGCAUGAGACUGCAAGAAGAAUUUGGAAAGACUAUUUUGCGACCGUGGAUGCAAUCGUAUUUCUUGUUGACGCUUCUGACAGAUCGAGGUUUGGGGAGACGCGUGAAGAGCUGAGCAAUCUACUUGAAACACCUGAACUACAGAAUGUCCCAUUUGUAAUACUUGGGAACAAAAUUGAUAUUCCUAUGGCUGCAUCUGAGGACGAACUUAGACAAAGUCUUGGUCUUUUUGAACACUUAACAUAUGGCAGGGGAGAAAAAAGGGGGGAUAAUGGAAUAAGACCUGUGGAGGUCUUUAUGUGUAGCGUUGUCAGAAGGAUGGGGUAUUCAGAGGCUUUUAGGUGGUUAUCUCAGUUCUUGAGCUAA